GGAGAGAGGGAGAGAGAGAGAGAGAGAGAGAGAGAGAGAGAGAGAGACUAGAAGUCAAUUUACAGACAGAGAGAUAGAGAGAAAAAAUAGUGAAAACCUUUGAAGAUCUCUGAAGAAGUGAAGCUACAACUGAAGACUUCAGUAGGAGACAAUCACCAUGGCGAUGUUGACCACUCUUCUGCUUCUCAGUGCUGUCUUUGCUCUGGGAGAUGCAAGGGGUAGCAGAGACUGUGAUCGCAGAGCCUGCCCACCUGGCUGGCCCAGCGAUUCGACUCACUGCUAUCACUACGUCCCCAUCAUGACCACAUGGCCAGAGGCAGAGAGGAAAUGUUUGCUCCUGGGAGGUAACCUGGCAUCAGUGCACAGCCUUCCCCAGUAUCGUUUCCUUCAGUCUGUCAUCAGGAAUAGUACCAGGAAAGUCCAGCGUACCUGGAUAGGAGCCAACGAUGCCAUCAAGGAGGGUCUCUGGUUGUGGAGUGACGGGUCCAAGUUUAACUACCAGAACUGGGCCCCGGGUCAACCCUCUAACUCUGACCACUUUGUUGUGAAAGACAACACGAACAGCCGGGAGCAUUGUAUGGAGAUGAACUAUGGAGCUUCUCGCGGUCAGAACGAUGCCCCCUGCUGGUACAAACGUCCCUUCCUGUGUGCCAGAAAGCGCUGAUGUCCACAUUUUGGGAGAGACAACAUUGGAGAAGCUCUCUAAAGCAUAUGAGAUUGUUUUAAAUAAAGGCACCAUCUGCAAUGUU